UUUUCCCUCUUCUUCCCUAAUCUUACCAACAUUGACAGUUGCGCUAUCUGUGUAUUUUAUAUAAUUUUUAGCGGCCAAACGAACAAUAAACUAUUUACGCGAAUUAAAAAUACAACGAUUGUUUGUAACGUAAAAUAUGAUAAAAUGACGGAAGAAGCAGACGUAAAAGUUGACGUUGAAUAUUGUGGCUCGUGUGGACACAAGAAACAAUUUCUAGAACUGGCAGAGGAAAUAAAAAAAAAUGUUCCCAAUGUUACUGUGGCUGGUGCAGCGGGAAGGCAAGCAUCUUUUGAAGUGCAAGUCAAUGAUGAGCUGGUAUAUUCAAAGCUUCAAACGCUAGCCUUUCCUGACUUUGUCGCAGUUGCAGACAUGAUCAAAGAUGUAUCGGCAGGUAAACCAGUGAGAAAAAUUGAUCAACAACAGGCUGCGGACUGUGUAUUAUUAUGAAAAUACAUUUAUAAUAAGUACA